AUGCCUCCAAAGUUCGAUCCCUCAGAAGUUAAGGUCAUUCAGCUGAGAGCUACUGGUGGUGAAGUCGGUGCUUCGUCCGCCCUUGCUCCUAAGAUCGGUCCUCUCGGUUUGUCGCCCAAGAAGGUCGGUGAAGAUAUCGCCAAGGCCACUGGUGACUGGAAAGGUCUUCGUGUCACUGUCAAGUUGACCAUCCAGAACCGUCAAGCCGCCGUCUCCGUUGUUCCCUCUGCUUCUUCCCUUGUCAUCCGUGCCCUUAAGGAGCCCCCAAGGGACCGCAAGAAGGAGAAGAACAUCAAGCACACCAAGAGCAUCCCUCUCGAUGAGAUCAUCAACAUUGCCCGCAUCAUGAGGGGCGAGAACAAGUCUCUCGCCAGGGAGCUCACCGGUACCGUCAAGGAGAUUCUCGGAACCGCCUUCUCCGUUGGAUGCCAGGUUGAUGGAAGGUCCCCCAAGGAUAUCUCUGACGACAUUGCGUCUGGCGAGAUUGAGAUCCCUUCGGAAUAA